GCUUUGCGGUGGUUGCUUGGCUUGGCGGUGGUCGCUUGGCUUGGCGGUGGUCGCUUGGCUUGGCAUUUCUGGCUUGGCGGUGCUCUUUUGGCAGAUUGGAAACCGCGGGCUAUCCUGCUGGGAGGUUGUGGCCGAGGCAGUAGCUCGCUACUGAUGGCCUCCUGGGGUGGAGAAAAGCGGGGAGGGGCUGAGGGGUCUCCGGAGCCGGCAGUCUCCGCCAUGAGGAAGACCCCUAGCGUCGGGAGCCAGGAGGACCAGUGGUCCUCGGGCUUCUCCUCCAGCUGGUGGAAAAACAGCGCCAGCAGCGAGAGCAAGCACGAUGAGGGCGCCUUAGACCAGCCCCAGCAUGACGGCCGCCUGGAAGAUCUUGGCGAGCUCCACAGAGCUGCGCGGUCGGGCGACGUCCCUGGGGUGGAGGGCGUCCUGGCUCCUGGAGACACUGGCGUGGACAAGAGGGAUGGGAAGAAGAGCAUUCAGCAACUAGUUCCUGAAUAUAAGGAAAAACAGACACCUGAAAUUCUUCCCCAAAAUAACAAUCCAGAUUGGCAUCCUACUAAUUUGACCCUUAGUGAUGAGACUUGUCAGAGAUCCAAGAAUCUGAAAGUUGAUGAUAAAUGUCCAUCUGUAUCACCAUCAAUGCCUGAAAAUCAGUCAGCAACCAAAGAAUUGGGACAGAUGAACUUAACAGAACGAAGAAAGAUGAACAUUGGAGUUGUACUUCUCUUAGGGAAUGAUACUUCACAUGACCUGUGCCAAUCACAGCUACCAGAAAACAAAGAGAGCAAAGAAGCAGAACCAGACUUGGAGCUGGUAUCAGAGGAAGCACAAGAAAGACUUAAAGGAUGUGAAAAUAAGCAGCCACAGAAAACGUCUCAAGAACCAGAAAUGGCUAAGAAUUGUGAUAGAGAGGAUAUACCUAUAUAUCUAGUACUUCCUCAUGUGCAAAAAUCUGAGGAAAUGUGGAUUGAACAGGGCAAAUUAGAGUGGAAAAACCAAUUAAAACUCAUCACAAAUGAGUUAAAGCAGAGGUUUGGUGAAAUUUGUGAAAAAUACAAAAUUCCGCCUUGUCCUGAGGAAGAGCCACUACUUGAUAACUCUACAAGGGGAACAGAUGUAAAGGAUAUUCCCUUUAAUUUGACAAAUAACAUACUUGGUUGUGAGGAAGAAGAUGCAUCUGAAGUAUCUGUCUCAGUGGUAUUCGAGACAUUUCCUGAACAAAAAGAACCCAGCCUCAAAAAUACCAUCCAUCCAUACUAUCAUCCAUACUCUGGGUCCCAGAAACAUGCUUGCCAGUUAUCUUCUGAGCUUCAUUUACGUGAAAAUAAAUUAGACUGCGACAAUGAUAACAAACCAGGCAUUGGACAUAUUUUUAGUACAGAUAAGAACAUUCAUAGUGAUGCAGGCACUAAGAAAGCAAGGAACCCAGAAGUGGUUACAGUUGAAAUGAAAGAAGACCAAGAGUUUGAUUUGCAAAUGACAAAAAAUAUGAACCAAACUAGUGACAGUGGCAGUACAAAUAACUAUAAAAGCCUGAAACCUAAAUUAGAAAAUCUGAGUUCUUUACCACCAGAUUCUGACAGAACAUCAGAAGUAUAUCUACAUGAAGAAUUACAGCAAGACAUGCAAAAGUCUAAGAAUGAGGUCGACACAUUAGAAGAAGAGUUCCUGACUUUGAAGAAAGAAAAUGUUCAACUUCAUAAAGAGAUAGAGGAAGAAAUGGAGAAGCACAGAAGUAAUAGCACAAAAUUAUCAGGAACCCUAACCGAUGGUGCUACUGUUGGCAGUGAUGAUGAUGGACUAAAUCAGCAGAUUCCUAGGAAGGAAAAUGGAGAGCAUGACAGGCCUGCAGAUAAAACAUCUAAUGAAAAGAAUGAGGUCAAAAACCAAACACAUCCUGAGGCUGACUUUGCCGACUCAAUGGAGCCAUCUGAAAUAGCCUCAGGGGAUUGUGAGUUGUCUCACUCUGUUUAUGAGAAUUUUAUAUUGCUAAUUGAACAACUUCGAAUGGAGUGUAAAGAUUCUGUUAGCCUACUAAGAAUCCGAGACAUAUUUUGUUUGUGGGAAUGCUUACUGAAAUGUAACAAUAAUCACUGUGACCAACUUACAGUAAAAAUUAAACAAAUGGAAAAUAUGGUCAGUGUACUACAAAAUGAGCUAUCUGAAACAAAAAAGACAAAAUUACAGUUAGAACUUCGAAAAAUCGAAUGGGAGAAAGAGCUGUACGAUUUGAGACUUGCCUUAAAACAAGAAAAAGAGGAGAAAAGAAAUGCCGAUAUGUUGUAUAAUAAAGAUAGUGAACAGUCAAGAAUAAAAGAAGAGGAGUGUGGGAAAGUGGUUGAAACACAGCAACAACUUAAAUGGAAUCCGAGCAGACUUGUUAAGAAAUUGAGGACAGUAAGAAAUAACUUGGAUCUGGUUGUGCAGGAGAGAAACGAUGCCCAGAAGCAACUUUCUGAAGAACAGAAUGCCAGAAUAUUACAAUAUCAGAUUCUGACGAGUAAACAAAAGGAACUAGAAAUGGCUCAAAAGAAAAUUAAUUCUGAGAUUUCUCAUAGGCAUCAGAAAGAAAAGGAUCUCUUUCAUGAAAAUUGCAUGUUGCAGGAAGAAAUUGCCUUGCUGAGACUGGAAAUAGAUACAAUAAAAAAUCAGAACAAGCAAAAGGAAAAGAAGUAUUUUGAGGACAUUGAGGUUGUGAAAGAAAAGAAUGAUAACCUUCAAAAAAUUACAAAACUAAGUGAGAAAACAUUAACAGAAACAAUACUCCAGUACAGUGGACAGUGGAACAAUCUGACAGCUGAGAACAAAAUACCCAAUUCUGAACUGGAGGAUGGGAAACAGAACCAAGAAAGACUGGAAAUAGAAAUGGAAUCAUACCGUUGUAGACUGGCUGCUGCUCUAGGUGACUGUGAUCAAAGUCAGACAGCAAGAGACCUAAAACUUGAUUUCCAGAGAACAAUACAAGAGUGGAUUCGUUUACGUGACAAAAUGAAGGUUGAUAUGUCUGGCCUACAAGCUAAGAAUGAGAUUCUUUCUGAAAAACUUUCUAAUGCUGAAAGUAAAAUCAACAGCCUGCAAAUUCAGCUCCAUAACAAAAGAGAUGCUCUUGGAAGACAGAGUUUGAUUUUGGAACGUGUGCAAAGAGACCUCAGCCAAACACAGUGUCAGAAGAAAGAAAUUGAACAAAUGUACCAAAUUGAACAAAGCAAACUGAAGAAAUACAUUGCCAAGCAGGAAUCUGUAGAGGAGAGAUUGUCUCAACUACAAAGUGAAAAUACGUUGCUUCGACAGCAACUGGAUGAUGCUCACAAGAAAGCUAACAGUCAAGAAAAGGCAAUCAGUACUAUCCAAGACCAGUUUCAUUCUGCUGCCAAAAAUCUUCGAGCUGAGAGUGAAAAGCAGAUUCUUUCACUACAAGAGAAGAACAAGGAGCUGAUGGAUGAAUAUAAUCAUUUAAAAGAAAGAAUGGAUCAAUGUGAGAAAGAGAAAGCAGGAAGAAAAGUUGACCUUACAGAAGCACAGGAAACUGUACCUUCACGAUGUCUACAUCUGGAUGCAGAGAAUGAAGUUCUUCAACUUCAACAGACAUUAUUCUCUAUGAAAGCAAUACAAAAGCAAUGUGAAACACUACAGAAGAAUAAGAAGCAGCUGAAACAAGGAAUAGUAAGCCUCAAAAGUUAUAUGGAGAGAAAUAUGUUAGAACGUGGUGAAGCUGAACAGCAUAAACUGUUGAUUGAAGAAAGAGCAAGGAAGGAGAUGGAGGAAAAAUUAAACGAAGCCAUUCUUACCUUGCAGAAACAAGCAGCAGUAUCUCAAGAACAGUUAGCCCAGUUAAGGGAGGAUGAUACUACUUCAAUAAAAACUCAGAUGGAACUCACAAUCAAAGAUCUGGAAUCUGAAAUCUCCAGAAUAAAAACUUCGCAAGCCGACUUUAAUAAAACCGAAUUGGAAAGUUAUAAGAGACUCUACCUAGAAGAAGUAAAAGUUAGAGAAUCCUUGUCAAAUGAACUGAAUAGAACUAAUGAGAUGAUAGCAGAGGUCAGUAAGCAACUUACUGUGGAGAAACAGCAGACCAGAUCCAGAUCUCUAUUCACUGCUUAUACUACAAGGCCAGUCCUAGAGUCACCUUGCGUUGGAAAUUUUAAUGAUAGUGAAGGUCUCAACAGAAAACAUAUUCCAAGAAAAAAGAGUUCUGCUCUUGAGAGCAUGGAGAGCUACUUGUUGAAGAUGCAGCAGAAGUUGGAAAAUGAUCUAACUACAGAAGUAGCAGGAUCCAGCCAAACUGGACUGCACAGAAUUCCCCAGUGCUCUUCCUUCUCCUCCAGCUCUUUGCACUUGCUUCUUUGCUCUAUCUGCCAACCUUUUUUUCUCGUCCUUCAGCUGCUACUAAAUAUGAACCUGGAUCCUAUAUAGCUUCUCCUCUAGGAUUUACACACAAGGAAAAUCUGAAUCAAGAUCCAGUUUUAGAAGCAGCAAAAGAAUAUGCACAGAUUUUAGCAGAAAAUACGCAGUCUGAAAGAUAAGGCAAUUUUAUU